UGAGCUCCAGCUGCUGCUCAGGUGAAGCAAAGUGUGUGAGCAAACUCUCUGAGCUCUUCAACAGCCUGCAGGGAGGAUUUCUGGAAGAAGCAUGCAUCUCUCCUCUCUUUUGCUGUGCCUGAGUUUGGGUGCUUUGGUAAAAUGUGCUGCUGAAAGUGAAUGGUGCUAUACUCGCUGCGAGCACACCCCGAGCCACUGGGGAGACAUCUCUGGUGCUUUCUGUGGAGAAAAAAGGCAGUCUCCUAUUAAUAUAGACACCCACUAUGUUCAGAUUGACCCUCACCUGCAAAACUUUACCUUCGUCAGCUUCUCCUCUCCAAAUGCCAUUGAGUACAUCACAAACAAUGGACAUACAGUGAAAUGCGUUUUGAAGGACAAUGAAGUUGAAGUGAGUGGAGGUGGACUGAAUGGAACAUACUCUACAAUUCAAUUUCACUUUCAUUGGGGAGACACAGAAUAUCAGCCUGGUUCAGAGCACACCAUUGAUGGCCAAAGAUAUCCAAUGGAGAUGCACAUUGUCAGUCUGAAGAAAGGCCUUAACGUGACGCAGGCCAAAGCGGAUCCAGAGGGACUUGCUGUUCUUGGGUUUUUCAUAAAUGCAACCGAUGAUGAGGACACAUCAGAAGCGUGGAGCAAACUUACAUCUACCAUAACACAAGAAAUAGACACUGAAGUUCCUGUCAGCCAUGACAUAUCUAUUAACGACCUCAUUGGAAAUGUGGACCUCACAAAGUUCUAUCGGUACAUGGGCUCCCUGACCACCCCCAUGUGCAACGAAGCGGUCGUGUGGACCAUCUUUCAAGAGCCAAUCAUCAUCAACAAAAAUCUGAUUCGACACUUUUCCAUGAAGACAGGAUUCAGCGAUGUUUAUCGGCCCAUACAAAAUACAAAUGGACGUCCUGUGUUUGCUUCCCCUGCAACUAGUCCUCCGUGGUGCUAUGAUGAUCACUGUUUCUACAAUCAGUCAUUUUGGCCUGUCCUGCCUAACUCCAGCUGUGCCGGGGAACGUCAGUCACCCAUCAACAUUGAGACAGAAAAAGCUGAAGUUGAUGAGCAUCUUGUUAACUUCGCCUUUAAGAAGUUUGACGACAAACAUGCCUUCAAAUACUGCACUAACACAGGCCACACAGUGAAAUGUGUACUGAAGGACGGUGUGGUGGAGGUCUCAGAAGGAGGUUUGGGAUACGUUUACUCCACCCUUCAGCUCCACUUUCAUUGGGGAAUGUCGCAUAACUCUGAUGGCUCAGAGCACACAAUGAAUUCAAAGAGAUUCCCAAUGGAGAUGCACAUAGUGAACAAGAGGAAGGACUUAACUCUGGAUGAGGCAAAGCAGACUCCUACUGGUCUGGCAGUGCUGGGAUUCUUUAUUGAGCCUACAGUUGACCAGAAAAGCAGUUCAGGAGGCCAUUCGGGAGGCAGUUCAGGAGGCCAUUCGGGGGGCAGUUCAGGAGGAAGUUCAGGACAUCAAGAGACACCUUCCACGUCUGACAUGGAUGCCUGGAAAAAACUGACCAACUACUUUUCAGCUCUUCAGAAGAUCAGCUCAAAAGUUAAUGUCACAGAAGAGAUCUCCAUUGAUGACCUGCUUGGCAAAGUGAACCGAGCUGCUUACUACCGCUAUAAUGGCUCCUUAACCACCCCAACAUGUGACGAAGUGGUGGUUUGGACAGUCUUUAAAGAGUCUGUCAGGAUGGACAAUAACCUGAUGGUGAAGUUCCCACAAUACGCCGGAUAUCAGAAUGUGUUUCGGUCUACACAGUCUCUUCACAGCAGGAAAGUCUACACCACCAAAUCAGCAUCCAGUGCCUCUGGUCCCAUCAUACGAGUUCUGCUGCUGGCGUCUCUCUGUGCCCUUUUCAUCUAACUUGCCCUUGUGAGAAGCUUAGCUAAUUGCUUUAAAGAAGUAUAUUGCACUAAUGACUGGUCUUGCACUGUUCAGAUUAUCAUUUCAAUAUGUUCGCAAAAUACUUGGUAAUAGGUACAUCGUUGGGGAUUUAAUUUACAUUACAUUUUUAGUCUGGAUUCAUACUGUAUAAUCUCAUGAAUCAAGGUUUUGGUAACUAUAGACUGUCAAGGGAAGUUUUAUUUUCCAAUUGAAUCUGUUUAAUUAAACUAUAGAGUGUUAUCAGGCACUUUGUCAACCGUGCAGCAGUUUUAAUAAUGUUGUUUUGACUAUUCUUCCAUGUAAAAUUCAACUACAAUGGUAGAAUUCAUAACAGUGGCAAGAUUUCAAAGAUAUAGAGUGAGUCCAAAUCGAUUGUGUAAAGCAGUACUUAAAACAAUCAGUUAAAUCUCAGGUUGUGCAAGAUUGUAUGCUAUGCAAAACCACUAAUUAUGCUAAAAAGAAUAGGCAAAAAGAAAUUUCACUAAUUUAUUUCAGUGAGUGUUCUUGUGCUUUGAUUGGUUGAGUGUGUACUGUAUAUAACCACUUAAAUUUAAAAAUAAAUAAUUGUAUUAGUA